AUGUAUGCAACAGUGGUCCAUCAAGCUGUAAUUUUGGCCGUCGUCGUGAGCGCGGGCGUGGUGGGCGGGGCCCCUACUGGCGUUACGCCUACCGCCGAAACUCCACCCACCGCGCCCGCUUCCCGAGGCUCCAGCAGCGGUUCAUAUGAUCUGCUGGAGGCUCCCGGCGCAGAGCGUGGAGUGGGCCUUGACCGUGAAAACUUGUGUACAAGCAGUGACUGCGCCGACGCCGCCAAGAGCAGUAAUCUCGCCGGACAGCAGCAGCGACUUCAGCGGCGCCGCCAGGUGAGUCCCUUGUAUCCAGCAGAAAGAAAGAACGAUGAAUCAGGAGAAGUCCCGUCACGGUCUAGGGCUGCGAGGGACGCUGACACGCGAGUGACAGAUUGGUUAUUGGGGCAAAGUACGAGUCAGGCCUCCAGUGAUGGCGCGGGGGCUGGCUUAUCGACGUGGAGCUGGUUGAACGGCGCCAGAGAAGCCACAAUUGCGCCGACGGAGGAAUCCAAGAAGGACGCAAGAGAUGGCUUUCUGCAGCAUAGCGCGGCAUCCUCUUUGCUUCACAGUGGAAAUAAUGCUUCUGGCGCGGCGCUGACUGGAGGCAUGACUGGUUCCUGGUCUUUGCCAAUUCGUUUUAGUCAAAGCGGGACGAAAAAAAUCAGUGAUCCCCUGACCUCCUCCCCGUCGCUUCCCCCGGUGCUAGACAGGACGACGAGAGAAACAGAGCCUCACGCAGGUCACCAGUCGUUGACAACACAAACCGUUAGCAACGCCCUCAUCGCUGUGACUGACGAACCAGACAGGGUCCCGUCGCACCCCGAGGAGCGCCCUCCUGGCCCGCAAUCACCUCAUGACACGGACCCGCUUGUUGCCACUCCUCUGAACACACAUACAAACACACCACUCACCACUUCGCCUCGAACGAACACACCUCGAUUCACCAAUUAUCCACGCACACGGAGACCACAUUCUACUACCUCCAAGCACACAUAUACACCAUUUCCACUCACAACACAGCAAGCAAAUCCUCCUAUAACCCAACCUACCAGCACGCCACAACAACACUCAUUUCACAAGAGCCGUGAACCACCUGUAAACCAAAACCAAGGCACGGUCCUGCAGGAAACUAGCACGCCGCAUUACCCAUCAACGAUAGAAUGGCUGACUUUCUUACUCUCUGAUCAAUAUGUCAGUUCAGAUCACGCAUCGACUACAGAAUCAGUUACAGGUGACCCGGGAAAACAUGUGAAUAUCAACCAAGAUGCAACAGAAGAGGCAAAAGAAGUUCCAAUUUUGGUUUUAGAAUCUAGCCAUACCUUGACUCCUUUGAUGGCUCCAGGUCACGACGCAUCACCAGUCGGGAAUCAUGGCAACUUCACAGGUCAGAAACUUCAAGGACGACCAGAUGUGCCUGUCAGAGAACAACCAUUCUUUGUAACGUCGUCCAGCGCUCGCCCUUCACUAAUUUCUCAGAAACAAACCUUCAUUGAUUCAAACACACCGUUUAAGAAUUUAGAAAAAGAUGUCCUCGUUUCAGAACAAACGCUUGUACUAUCCACAAGUCAGUCUAUAAUCACCGAAGGGCCAUCGCGACUAACCCCACAGCCAUUUACAUAUCCCAUACAGUUAACUACUUUUACUGAACCAGCAUCUCGAGGCACUACUCCGCCAUAUCAAGACCCCGAGCAACCACAACGAAUGACUCAGACAAUAGCUUUAGUAACUGAUCAGCCAGUACUAACCACUGAACCUUCAGCAACCACAGGUCAAGCAUUUAGUACAUCUGAACAUUCGCAUAACCAUCCUGAAAACCCUUUUAUAAUCACUGUUAAACCAAAAGUAUCAGAACAAACGCCUAGAAACAAUGAACAUCCUCACAGAUAUUCCGACUUGUUCCUGAAUAAUUCUGGCCACCAAUCUGUGUUAACUACCCAGUCAUCUACAUUUAAUGAUCAAGCGCCUAGAAGGCCUGAAUCCCCACCCAAGGAUACCAAAGAACCUUUAACAAACAUAAAACAACUAUUCACAUCAGCUAAUCUAUCUGAAAGUACUGAAAAGUUACAUGACAAUACACAUGAUACCUUUAUAUAUUCUGAAUCAACACCUGAUUCUGACCUUACAAUGAACAACCAUGAAAGAGUUAAUGUAACCGAACAGCCACCCACAAGCCCUAAACAUAUACAAACAGAUCCCGUAAACCAUUUUACUGGAGUCGACAAUAUAAACACUCCCAGAUAUAGAUUUUCGACUGAAAAUAACCAGAAAUAUGGAGGACAGUCAUUUGUAGCUGCUGGGGAAUCCUCCUUUAGUAAAUUUCAUUAUAUGCAUAAUCCUCCUGACCAACUACAUGCUGAUCCAGAAUAUGAAGGACCUUCUUCAGAUCUUACCCAAAUACGUGAAAUUCUUGGGCAGUUACUUGUUCCUGAGCAACCUAUUGUAGGAUUAGAGAAAUAUCCUCUUGGAGGGACUACAGCAGUUCCAGAGCAGUCAUCGACAGAUUAUGACCGACUGGUCCCGUUUACCACAAAUAUUCUUGAGCAAACAACGACAAGCACUGAGGCCUUGAAGACAGGAUACCAGACAACAGAAGACUCGCCUUGGACUGCACUUCUGCCCACGAGCAGCUUACCUAAAAAGGAUCUUCUGUCAGAAAUACUCAGUCAGACUUUAACAUUUCUAUCCAACACGAACCCUUUACCAAACACAAAUAACACUGGAGAAAGACUGCCUGACCCUUUUCCGAACGGGACCAAUACAGAAAAGGUUCCCACUCAACCAGAAAUUAGUCCAGUACCCCAAAACACCUCAACUAUUCUGGCUUUAAAGAACCAUUAUACACCUGAUCAUAACAGUGGUGAAACGCAAGGGGCACCAGUGCAAAGUGCGCCACUUGAACCAAUCAGCCUUUUGCCAGCCUUAACCACCACCGCCCCUAUGAAAAGUAUUACUGCUUCAGAACAAAGUAUAUCAUGUGAAGAUGUUGGUAAUCUUUCCCCUCUUUUGGAUUUUUAUGGUUCAGUUUAUCCUGGAUUGACAAAUCCUUGUAAAUCAUUAAGAUCAGAUAAAGAGAGUGGAGGCAUUGUUGAAAAUCCUGAUCUAAACUCUACACAGGAGCAAAAGGAGAAGUCAGUGAGUAGUGAAAAGACAGGCCCUGUCACUGCUGAUCUUUCUCCCGUUAUCAUAUCGGAUACACCAAUAGGAUACUCGACAUAUAGGAUACCAAAUCCUGACAUUGUAUCAAAUACCUAUUCAGUUGGAAGUUCUCAGGUGUCUCCCAGCCACAUCUCCAUCAAUCAGCCCAAUGUCCUCAUACACAGUAAUAAUUCAUCACAGAGUACCGAUGACCUCACUCAGCCACCCACUGACAUGAUACCUUCACCGACAAAUGCCACACCACCCAACGUAAAUUUAUCCACGAGCAUUCCAUACUCAGUUGAUUUCCCAAAAAGGAACGUCUCAUGGCACAUAGGCCCCCAACCCCACAAUACGGCUGACUAUGAGCCCCUACUUACUCCUUCCCCAACCCCUAUUUAUGAGGAUGUACAUAAUGCCUCGUACAUCAGCGAGAACGUCUUUUCAACUUCUCACACUCUGCCGUCAUAUACGUUCGACGAGCUCUCUCAGCCAGAAGCUUUCCUUACCGUUGAGGAUUUUGACGAUAGACCAACGGCAACCUUGGUGGCUGGUGAUGGAAGCUCAGUCGUCGUCAGCUCCAUGAGUCUGAACAUUGGACAUGCCUUGCCAAAGCCUUACAAGGAGGAAGAGGACACAAAGUGGGUAAAGAUUUCAAUAGAACCGUCAUCAGACUUGGCUCCUACACUUCCAGCAAGCACAAGCAAAAAAAUUCCAUCCAUAAGCACAAUGCCACCAACGUCUACAGAGAAGGAAGGCAACUCUUCCCUUCCAAUAACCUCCAUCUGGGGAUCUUGGUAUAAGCGAUGGAUGUCAUCUCGGUCAAAAGUCACGUCUGAAGGUCCUGCUUCAGACACCGGGGUUCCUGCGACAGGGACAGAAAGCCAGAUUGUUGUCUCAUCGUCUACAAUAAUACCUUCCCCUGCAACUACUACAACCACUCCAGCAUUAGCAAACCACACGACAUCCUUAUUGUUGGAUAAUCUUGAAACACAUCCUUCUACAAAACAUCCUGCAGAAUCAUAUCUUUUAUUAGAGAGCCAAACAACGACCUCAUCAUCAGAAAUACCCUCGGUGACCUCUCAGGCAACUCCUACUCCUGUGGUAUCCCCUACUACACCACCAACAAGUACAUUCCAUGCAACCUCUCAAACAACGCCACUUUCAACAAAACCAACAGCUUCACCAGCGAUGAGUUUUACGUCACCAUUCCCUUUAUCAACGAAUAAGUCAAUGGCGAGGAAUCUUACCAUAUCAUCGCUUCAAACAGAGUCUUCAUUAAAUAAAUCCGGACCAGCUGAUUUGACAGUGGGAAUGGAUUCAGUUACACCUCUUACAACACAUGUGUCAACGUCAAAUCUUACAAAGGACUCAGGUAUUAACUCACUUGUGCUAAAAGAUGAACCUUCAUAUAGCCAGCCCAUAACAGAGCGUCAUACAACACCACUUUCUGCGGAAUAUGAAACUGAAUCACCCAUAAAUGAAUCUACCGAGAUGACAGUAUCGAUGCAUGAACCGGUACCGCAUUCGAGCAGCCAAAAUUCAACAAUUAAAGAAAUAGCCUCAACGUCCCUCGCUACAACUUCGUCGCCACUGACUCGCGUCCUAGGUUCUCUCUGGGACUUGUUUCGGCCUCAGAAACAAAAAUUAAAAGUACAGACUGACCCUUUGGCCUCAGACGAUCACAAAAACAAGAGUCAUUCCGGAAGUAAUGUUAUAGGCAACACUGAGCAAUUAGUUACAACAGAGAUACCUUUAUACACAAUACAUAACCUUACAUCUCCUGUUCCAUCUGCAGUAACUAAGAGUAUUCCAUCGAACAUAACAGCUAUAACUCAGAAUGCAGGUAAUUCGACUGUACUGAUGUCGGAUACAAAUCAUGAAGAGAGACACCGCUUCCUACAAAUGCUAAGUACACGUAAAGAACCCCAGGUUAUAUCCAACAAUCCCGCAGAGGGCAAUGUAGAACGCCUGACACCCUCUCCGACGAAAUCUCCCCUUGCAGCGUAUCUUCCUUCAUCAAUUGAAUCCUUAGACAACCUGUUUACGCUCCUCGGUAAAUUCGGGAACAAGCAUAGCAUAUUUGGAGGUCACGAGAAAAGAAGAAAUGAGGAAGGCGAGGAAACUGUCCCGGGAAACCGAUGGCCAGUCGUCUUGAGACAGCGGCCUUUACAACCUCCUCAUUUCCCUCAACUCGUAGCGCCACCAGUUACCGUGACUUACCGCCCGCCAUCCGCUCACCACAGGCCUGCCACAGGGAUAUCCACACAAAGACCCGCCAUCAUCCUGAAGAAACAAGGAUCGAGGGUACAUAUCCCCCUAAUACCCUCAGCGGAUUUCAGCUCGUUUCAGCCCCACAGUUCCAUUCGCUCUAAGAUUACGAGCAAUUUAUUCCACCCUCCCUGGACAACGCCAGGCAUCACGGUGAACCCCGCCAUUCCUCCCGCCACGGGCACUUCCCCUGAACAUCAUUCGCUCCAGAACGGACAGCUUCUGAAUAAAGUACGUGACAUCCUGACUGUACUGAUGAAAGUUUGUAAAAAAGGACAUGGCAUGGACUUGAUGGACGAUGUUGAUGAAAUCCACCAACUUGAACACUUCAUAAGGCAUAAAAAGUUACACACAGAUAAACAAACGUAUGAUAUAACUCACAUACAUACGCCUUUCCCUUUAAAAUGCUGCUCAUCCUACGAUUUUUUCCAUCCUUUUCCUAACAGCAUACUCACGGCCGAGUGCAGCGCCCAAGAAGAAACUCCUGAAGGAACGAAUAGAGGGCCUCUGCCGCUCCCUCCGUCGUCCCCGCCAGCCCUGUCUCCGAAGCCUCGACCCCUCGCCCCUCCUGCAGAGUACAAACCUGCAGCCACGUUCGGGAUGGAGGGAUGGAUGACGAUGGAUGACCUGAGGGCUAAGGCGGAAGAAGAUCGCCUCAGAAAGCACAAAGAGAACAUCCCCGAAGAUACCACACAGCUUAGCAUGGACGCAGAAACCAGCGCGAGUUACGCACAUUUCCUCAAGAACCACCGUCUGACGGGAUCCAUUCUCUGCACUGCCAAGCACUCUUCGACUUCCCCUACGCCCUCUCCUUCGACUCACCUUACCACGACAACUUCCCCUGUCUCGACGACCUUCCCUGCCUCGAUGACCUUCCCUGCCUCGACGACCUUCCCUGCGUCGACGACCUUCCUUGCGUCGACGACCUUCCCUGCCACGACGACUUCUCCUUUUUCGACGACUUCUCCUACCACCACGACCUCCCUUACGAAUGACACUUCUGCCAGUUCCUCCAUUCUGGACGUCCCUGCUACGCAUCCCUCUUCCUCCUUCCUUCCAUCCUUUACAUCGAACUCCUCCUUCCUACUCUCCUUCGCGACCCAAGACGACCUAGAAGUCCCUCCUCCGGCCUCGUCCCCGCGUGCGAUGUCAGACACUUCAGAAGACUUGGAAUCCUCAGGCUUCCCUUUUCCCUCUUCGUCCAGUGACACAGCCCCUUCGACCUCCUCCCCAGCCGCGUCUCUUGCGCCUCCUAUCCUGUCCAUCUUCUCUACACUCUCUACAUUCGCCAAUUCCUCCACCUUGACUACUCCAUCCAUGCAUCGACCUGGUCUGUCCACGCUUCCAAGCCCGUCUAUAUCUACAUUGUCCGAUCUACCGUCUACUCCUCCUGCAUACUCCACUAACCUCCACUCAACCUACUCUUUCAACAUCUUCCACUUCCUCCACCCAGUCCACGCUCUCACCCCCAUCAGCCUCACCCACAUUGCCCGUUUCAUCCACAUCGUCUACAACCUCCACCCCAUCCACACUCACCAAUCCAUCCACCUUAUCCACUCCACCCACCCCCGCCACAUCCUCCACUGCUUCCAGCGCACCCACAGCUUCCACACACACACUUCCUACCUCCUCCACUCUUUCCACCUCAUCCCUCGCUGCAGCUGCCACCUCCCCUCCUUCGUCAGCGCCGCGUGA